CUGCGGCGGUUGGUCCGCUGCUUCUCGCCGCUGUUCUCACUGACAACAAGCCGGAGUAGGUGAAGCGUUGUUCUGGCCAACAAAAGGAGGAAGAUGCGCUCCCUCGUCGGUUUAGUCGUUGUUGUCACCGCAGCCAGCCUGUAUCUGUAUUCGCUGUCCCUGUACCUCCCUGCGGGUCCACGGAGACGCCCUCCUCGAAGUGCCGAGACUGAACAUGUGGACAAGACAGAGUCCGAGCAGACUGACACCUCAGAGGAACCCAGCAGCUUGAAGUUCCCUUCAGACUUGGAGGAGCUGCGGGAACUCGCUGAGCUCUUGCAGUUUUACAAGACAGAGCACACUGGAUAUGUCCUGCUUCUCUUCUGUAGUGCAUAUCUCUACAAGCAGUCCUUUGCUAUUCCUGGAUCCUCAUUCCUGAAUAUUCUUGCUGGAGCUAUAUUUGGACCAUAUGAAGGACUGCUGCUUGCCUGUGUGCUCACAACUGUGGGCUCUACCAUGUGCUACCUCCUGUCCCAAGCCUUUGGAAAGCGCUAUAUUGUGAACCUCUUCCCCGAUAAAGUCUCCAUGCUACAGAGAAAGGUGGAGGAGAACCAGGACUGUUUGUUCUUCUUUCUGCUCUUUCUGAGAUUCUUUCCAAUGACCCCCAACUGGUUUCUGAAUAUGUCCGCCCCGAUUGUCAACAUCCCCAUCACCUUCUUCUUCUGCUCAGUCUUCAUCGGCCUCCUGCCAUACAACUUCAUCUGCGUCCAGACGGGUGUCAUGUUGUCUGAGGUGUCGUCGCUGGACGACUUGUUCUCCUGGGAACGACUCCUGCAGCUGCUGGCCAUCGCCUGCAUGGCGCUGAUGCCCGGCGCCCUCAUCCGCCGCUUCAGUCAGAAGCGUCUCAAACUGGACGUCCAAGCGCAGAACGGACUCAUCGCAGAUAAGAAAGUCCAGUGAUUUGCUACGGAAGUUUGUUCAUCGGCGGUGUGAUGCCUUCAGCACUCAAGAGCGAAUGUAUUUAAAGUGGUGACUUUUCAGAAAAACUUUGGGAAUAUUUAUGUGGAAAGGUUAAUUUUUCUGGAGUGUUUUACUUUUCCGAAAUCACCUGGAGAUGGGAAGGGAUUGUCUCUUUUAAAAAAAAAUUGAAACUGACAGUUGGACUUCAAGAGUAUUUUGUGCUACCAAAUGUUUCAGUGCAACAUGUGAGUGCAGCUUACAUAGUUUAUGUAAAUACAUGAAUGUAAAGUAAUCAUAUGGAGAGAGGGAUGUUUUUUUAGGGAACAUAGCGCACGUUAUAUGUAGACAUCCAGCCAAUGCUCAAAGUGCCUGUCAAGCAGUUCUUUGACUCAAACUUCUACCUCCAACAAGGACAUGUGGAAAAAAAUAGUGUAAAUGUUAAAGGUAUGCCCAUGUUUGUAGAGACUUAAUGGUUCAGAUGAUUGUUUUGUUGAGUUUGUGUAUUUGUAACUGAAUUUAUGAUUGUUUGCAGAAAUUUUUUAAAACCUUUGUUGGACAAUCACAUUUUGCAAUUUCAGUAUAAAAUGUAAUGAAGUACAUAGGGCAGUAUUUACUAUUUUUCAAUUCUGAACUGACACAAAAUUUGUACAAUACAAUUUAGAGACUAGAUUUAGCUUCUUGGAAAAUCAGUUCUACGCUCCAGUGUCAUUUUGAGUAACAAGACUUUUAUCAUACCGAUAUAUUCCAGAUUAUUCCUUUUUGAAGGUGAAUGUGUAGUUAAUUCAGGCAAUGUGAAGCUUUAAUAUCGCUGCAAACCUGCCUGUUUUUAUGGUCCAUUUUUUAUUUAACAGUAUCCCGAUCCUCAAAUAUCUGCACUGCAUAAAGUGUUAUUUCAGAACUCUUUGUUUGUGUGGGGUGAGAAGUAAAAUUUUAAUUUUUUUCGAAAUUUUGUCUCAUUGGAGAGGUAAAUUCUUCUAAAUGUAACACAGAUUACAUAAAGCAACAGAUGAUAAUCUUGUCUGCAGUCACAAGCUGGAGCAGUAACAGCGCACAAAAACGGUCAUGAAGUAGAAAUUCCAGCAAACAAAAGGGAUGUGUCUUUAUUUAUUAGUCAAACAUGAUCACAAAUCUGAGAGCAACACAUUUCUAUGUGGCUUCUCUAGUCUCACUCUUAUCAAUGAGCUGUUGUAAUCUGUAACAGUGACCACUUAAUUUCCACUUUAUGACCGUAACUCAGUUUUGCUGUGACAUUAGGUAGUAUGUCAAGUUGUAAAUGAUGCAGCACCUUUUUUUUCAGAGGUGUAAAAACUUUGAAAUAAUAAAACGUGUGAAAAGCA